AUGCCGCCGAAGGCAAAGCCGAAUGUCAGUUGUGGUGUGUGCCAGAAUCCGGACAACAACCGGAUGGUUUGCUGCGACGAUUGUGAAUUAUGGUUUCAUUUCGAGUGUGUAGGCGUGAAUGAGGAUAUCGAGGAGGAGGAUUGGAGUUGUGCGGUGUGCGUGGCUAAACGAGCAGCUCAGAACCCAUCGGUCAUCAUCACAGAUUCUGCACGGAAUAAAACGGAUCCAAAGUCGACAGGUGAACAGGAGCAAACUAAACAACUUGGCGAGUUCCAGAAAAAGUUAGAUUAUAUGCAGGCACAAUUCGAGGAACAGCAGCGGGUGUAUCAGAAGCUACUAGAAGAAAAGGAUCGCGAACUGCAGUCCGUGGUUACAGAGCUCAGUACUAAGUUCCAGCGCCGUAUGGAAGCCAGAGAGCAGGAAAUACGAGACGAGUUCAGUAUUCGCGCCACUCUACCGGUAGCAAAUUCGACGACGGUAGGAGGAAUAAGUAACCGCUCAUCGAAUGAGGUUCAAAGAGUGAUGGCGAAUAUGGAAAAGCAACUUGCGGAAAUGUCGAAGAAGCAGGAUCAGCAGACGAGGACGUUAGAGGAGCGAAUCCGGGCGAUGGAAAUCAACAGAAGUGAACCAAAUCUACCCGUUUUCGAACCCAAUGAACUAAGCCGAAGUCAGCUGGCUGCGCGACACGCAGUGACAAAGGAGCUGCCUACAUUCUCGGGCAAUCCGGAAGAGUGGCCGCUCUUUAUUUCGACGUAUGAGAGCACCACUAAGAUGUGUGGUUUCAGUGAUGAGGAAAAUUUACUUCGCCUUCAACGCAGCUUGAAGAGGAGAGCUCUCGAGACCGUCCGAAGCAGGUUGCUGUAUCCAGCGGGACUUGAAGGUGUUAUCAAAACGUUGCGAACGUUGUACGGUCGGCCAGAAGUUAUCGUCCACUCGCUAGUUUGCAAGAUUCGGGAAAUGUCAGCGCCGAAGACAGAGAAGUUAGGAACUCUGAUCGAUUUUGGUGUCGCAGUCCAGAACAUGUGUGCAACGAUCGUAGCCUGUGGAUUGAACGAGCAUCUUUACAACGUGGCACUUCUUCAAGAACUAGUCGAGAGACUGCCACCUACCGUGAAGCUGGACUGGGCCAAAUAUCGUCAAACAUUAAGGGCGGUUACUUUGGAGGACUUCAGCAAAUGGCUUGAAACGCUCGUGGAAGCAGCCUGUAUAGUAACGAUUCCGUCAACGGUCAGCGUGUAUGCCGGCAAAUCUGAGAGACGCGUACGGAAGGAGGAAGUUCACGUUCACCUCCAAUCCGGUUCCAGUCAGGUAGCAACAGAGUCGUCGAGCUCUACAGCGUUUCCCAAAAAUGGGUCGAAGUCAGCAGCGACGAAGCAAUGUGUGGUGUGCCAAGGAGGGUGUAGCAGUGUGGGAUUCUGUAGUAAAUUCCAAAGAUUGGAUGUCGGAGCAAGAUGGACAGCGCUGAAGCAGAACAAGUUGUGUCGAAAGUGCCUGGCGAAGCAUUUCGGAGCGUGUGCGGUUAAGCAAGCUUGCGGGAGAAACGGCUGCCCGUAUAUGCAUCACGAGCUACUACAUGACGAUACCCGAUACCGGCGAGCGGAGAGUUCUUCAAUCUCAGAUACCCAGAACGCCGCAGAAACACCUGCCGAACAGUGCAACACUCACGUCAGUUACGCCAGCAAAGUUCUUUUCCGAUACGUUCCAGUUAUCCUUCAUGGACGAGGCAAGUUCGUUCGCACUUUCGCAUUCUUGGACGAAGGCUCGUCGGCGACGUUGAUGGAACACAGUUUGUUGGACGAAUUAAGUCUUGAAGGCGAGUCGUUCCCCUUGUGUCUCGGCUGGACGGGAGAUCAUCAACGUCAGGAGAUGAAAUCCAUAAUGCUAGCGCUGGAGAUUUCUGGAACGCGCGACGCGGAGAUGUACCGGAUGUCGAAAGUUCACACAGUGGAGAGCCUUUCUCUACCACGGCAGACAUUGAGGAUGGAGGAGCUAGCAUCAGCCUAUCGGCACUUGGAAGGCGUGCCAGCGGAUUCCUAUCGAAAUGUUCAGCCACGAAUACUCAUCGGCAUGGACAACUGCCGCUUGGGUCACGCGUUGGAUAGCAGAGAAGGAGGAAAGGAAGAACCGAUCGCCACCAGAACUCGUCUAGGGUGGAUAGUGUUCGGACCAUGCUCAAAGACAUCUUAUCCAACGACGAACUUCACUACGCACCACAGCCUUCACGUGUGCCCAUGCUGUGAGCGAAGCGACGUAGACCUUCAUAAUAUAGUGAAGGCGUAUAUGUCUCUGGACAGCACCGGGGUAACGAGUCCCGUCAAGCCGUUGUUAUCGAAAGACGACGAGCGAGCGGAACAGUUACUGAAAUCAUUGACGCAUGUGAAAGGAAAACGGAUAGAAACCGGUCUGCUCUGGCGAUGUGACGAUGUUCGACUGCCUGACAGCAAACCAAUGGCAAUGAAGCGACUAAUCUGCUUGGAGAAGCGUAUGCAGCGAGAUCCUGUGUUGGCUGAGGCGGUGAAGGAGAAGAUUCGGAACUACGAACGAGCCGGCUACAUCGAAAAACUGACGGCAAGCCAACUAGCCGAGAAAUUCGAACGGGUUUGGUAUCUCCCAAUUUUUCCGGUGGUCAACCCUAACAAACCAAACAAGAUGCGCUUAGUGUGGGACGCAGCCGCUAAAGUCUUGGGAGUCAGCCUGAAUUCAUUUCUACUGACAGGGCCGGAUCAAGUAACCUCCUUGGUAUCUGUGCUACAGCGCUUUCGAGAGUUUCGCGUUGCCAUCACGGGCGAUAUUCGAGAAAUGUUUCUCCAGAUCUUGAUGAACCGGCGCGAUCAACAGUGUUUAAGGUUCCUAUGGCGAAACGGUGAACAAGACCGCAACCCAGACGUUUACGUUACGAGAGUAAUGACAUUCGGAGCGACAUGCUCGCCCAGCAGCGCGCAGUAUGUUAAGAACUACAAUGCGCAGCGGUUCCAAGACCAAUUCCCGAGGGCAGCAGAGGCGAUAAUGAAGGAGCAUUAUGUCGACGACAUGCUCUCAAGCGUAGAGACGGAAGAGGAAGCGAUACAGUUGGCGAAAGAUGUGCGACACGUUCAUUCGGAAGCAGGUUUCGAGAUCCGGAACUGGCUGUCGAAUUCGAGUCGAGUGCUGCUGGAGUUGAAGGCGUGUCCCGGUGAGAAAAGUUUGAACCUUUCGAGCGAGAUGGCGACGGAGAAAGUUCUCGGCUUAUGGUGGUGUACAGCGACCGAUACGUUCACCUUCAAGUUAUCGCCGAGGAUCAACGGUGAAAUGCUGCGAGGUGACAUCGUCCCAACGAAAAGGCAAAUCCUCAGCACGCUUAUGACGAUCUACGAUCCCCUGGGAUUAAUGGCGCAUUUCCUAAUGUUCCUGAAGAUACUGCUGCAGGAAAUUUGGCGGAGUGGUGUAGGCUGGGACGAGUCUGUCAAGAGCGAACAGCUAGUGAAAUGGCAGACAUGGUUACGGGUACUCCCGCAAGUGGAAUCGGUCAGUGUGCCAAGGUGUUACCGACUGAAGACGAGCACGGGAGAGCGGAAUACGAUUCAGCUGCACGUGUUCGUGGAUGCGUCGGAGAACGGCUUCGCUGCAGUCGCCUAUCUGCGGUUCGAAGAAAAUGGAAAAGUGGAAUGUGCACUCGUCCGUGCAAAGACAAGAGUAGCCCCGUUGCGUUUUGUGUCGAUUCCCAGACUAGAACUACAAGCCGCAGUCAUUGGAGCCCGCCUAGCGAACGACGUUAUGGAGACUCACAAGAUGAGGCCCACGCAAAGGGUUUUCUGGACGGAUUCACGCUACGUUCUCUGUUGGUUGAACUCCGAUCACCGAAAGUACCAUCAGUUCGUAGCGGUGCGGAUCAGCGAGAUGCUAGAGUUGACGGAGACGACGGAGUGGAACUGGGUUCCGACGAAGCUGAACGUCGCUGACGACGCCACGAAAUGGCAGACGCUGCCGGAUCUAUCUCCUACCAGCCGCUGGUUCCGUGGCCCUGAGUUCCUGUGGGGACCGAAAGAAGGAUGGCCUGUCGUUGUGUCUAAGUUCGAACACACUGCAGAGGAGGAACGAUCACAUGUACUGCAUCACUUCGUCGAACGCGCUCUAUUCCGCUGGGAAAACUUCUCUAGAUGGCAGCGACUCCUGCGGCUAGCAGCCUUUGUCCGUCGAUUUCCGUCGAAUGUACGCCGGAAGCGGUCGAAAAAUCCCCUCGUCACCGGACCCCUAACGCAAGAAGAACUAAAAAACGCGGAGUUAUUCAUCCUAAAGUCGGUGCAAGAUGCUGAGUUCGCCGAAGAGAAAGCUUUGUUGCAGAAGCCGAUGCCGGUACCGUGGAGGAACGCUUUACCGAAGCGUAGUCCGCUGUACAAGCUCAGUCCGUUCUUAGCGGAAGAUGGACUGCUACGAAUGCAAGGUCGCAUAGAUGAAUGCGCUCAUGUCGAGGAAUGUACGAAGCAUCCGAUACUACUUCCCAAGCGACAUUCAGUCACGGAUCUCAUCAUAGCAAGUGUCCACGAAAAGUUCUGCCACAUGAAUCACCAGACGACGCUUAACGAAAUCCGGCGUCGAUUUCACGUUCCAGGAUUGAGAUCGGUCUACCGGCGUGUCCAAGGCCUUUGCCAGCUCUGCAAGAUUCGCCGAGCGAAGCCAGAGCCCCCGGAGAUGUCUGGUCUAUCGUUCGGCCGUUUACAACCCUUCUGUCGUCCUUUCUCCUAUGUCGGCAUCGAUUAUUUCGGACCAAUGCACGUGGUUGUCGGCAGAAGGAUCGAGAAACGAUGGGGUGUUCUAAUAACAUGUCUCACUGUCCGAGCGGUACACCUCGAAGUCGCUCACAGUCUUAACACGGACUCGUGA